AAAUCCCCCCCCCCUUCCCACCCAGCUUUUCUUCCUUUCUUCUCUACCUUCUUGCUCGCCGUAGCACUGGUAGCGCUCGUUGACUGAAGAGCACCAACCACUCACUUCUGUUUCUUCUUCUUCAUCUUCAUCAUUUGCGGCUUGAUACGUUGCCCCUCCACUAUAUAGUCUCUCCUUUUUCAUGAUAUAGUAUGCCUAAUUUUUUUCAACGUCCAGUGCACGCGUUGACCAAUUUUGCAAAACAAAUCAGCCAUCGUUCACAACAUGAGGAGUCAUCAUCUGAAAAGCCCAAUCGUAAAAGUCGAAGGCAGGCCUUCUUCAGGCAUAUUGCAGAAGCAAGUUCAGUCAAAGAUCACUCUCGUAUCGUUUCAUCCAACCGAGAUUGGCGAAAUUUGUCUCCUAUGGAACCUCCAUUACCAGCGGUUAGUGCAUCCAGACGAGUUGGCUUUUCUCAUGCUGUCAAAGUUGUACAGAACUUGCCAGCAGAUAUGAGUGACCUGUUUAAACGCCCACCGCCAACUACGCGACAGAGAGCUUCUACAGGCUCGAUUGAGGAUUUUCUGUAUACUAUCCCUGAAGAAGAUGAAGUCCAUUCCGAUGAUCUGGAGGAUGAUGAUAUUCUUCCCGAGACGGAAGAUAGCACCACUACUACAACAACCAGUCCUGUUUCGCCAUCUUCAACCUCACCAAAGAAAUCACUAGAGCCCCAAUUCAAACCUGUACUCAUAGGUAACGAAAAGGAAUGCAAACGAAAAUUUGCCAAAAUGCUGCAUGCUGCAUACAAGUUCCAGCAGCAGCAAGAGCAAAUCGAAUUGCUCGGUCAUGUGGAUGCUACUUCAUCAGCUAUUUUGGAUAACCCGCCAUAUGCUAGAAAGCAGCAAAAUUUGCAAAGACCUCCGCGAGAAAUGGAGGUUUUGUUCAAUCAAGAAGACAACGUUGAAUGGGUUAAAUUCAAGUUUGACGAGGACGAUGAAGGAGAAUAUAGACGAUUCCAAGGCAAUGUACAAUAUAUUGCCCCAGAGAUCAUAUCUCACCGAAAAUACAUCAGCAAUCAAGUUGAUGUUUGGGUUCUCGGCAUAUCUUUGUUCAAAAUGCUGAUAGGACGAUAUCCUUUCUCAGCUCCUAACGACAAACAGUUGUUCCGAAAAAUGUUGACAGCUGAUUUCACGAUACCGGACGAGUAUUCAGACAAUGUCAAGGAUUUACUGAGACGCCUGUUAGCGCCCGAUCUGACGAGAGCAUCACUUGAUUUAAUCAUCUUCCAUCCGUGGCUCAAGCCGUACCAAAUAAUUCCCAAAGAAAAGACUCCUCCUGAGUCUCUUUUCGACACAGCUAUACCAUCACCGCCACCCAAGCAGCUUGUAGCUAAAAGGACGACCUCACCGGCCCCUCCACUCACUGUCAAAGACACCCGAGACGCACUCAUGGAGGCCAUAGCUGAGAAGCGUCAACAAUACGCUUUGAGCCAGAACAUAAACUCACCAUCAAACAGACCUGGAAAACUGAUGGAGACUCGUUCAUCGCCACUACAUCAGGAAAUCAUGUUAGAGGAUUCCCCUAAUACCAGUGUCCGGUCAAGGCUAUCAAUGCCUUCGGACGCUAUGCAUAAUGCGAUGAGCGUCGAGAGUAGUGAGGUACCAACUACCCAAGAGCCCACCGAGAUCGAGCAAAAGCGGAAGAGGAGAAACAGAAAGUCGCUGGUUCUCCUCGGCAAGGCUUUGGCUGAUGCCUUCUCUUUCAUUACUGAUGGCCCAUUCCCUCCACCACGCAAGCCAUACGAGCAGCUGGUUCACCUUGGUCGAAGUAACCAAGAAAAAGCUUUAUACCUGCAACAACAGCAACUUCGGGAAACAUGGAGGUCACAAGACAAUGUUGCCUUUAGCGCUCGGUAACCAUACCAGCUCCAAGGACUCCUCGAAGCAAAUACCGACAUUGUUACCAACCCAAUCUUUCCAAUGUGUAAUUAUCAUUGCAUCCCCUUUUCUUGUACAAAGGCAUUUUACCGUUUCGU